AUGGAGGCUCUACUGCAGCAGUCUCGCACUAUGUGCCCUUUCCUCAAGCGCACAUCCCCCACCACCCUCCGUACUCUGUCAACCGCUACUCGUCCUAGCACCAGCCCAGGAGGUGGAACCAUGUCCAACCUGCAGGUUCUGGGCCGCCGCUGCCCAGUCAUGAGCAAGGCUCUGGCGGUUCAGAGUGCCCGUCUCAGCGGCAGCAAGCGCUUCACCUCGCGUGCCGCCGGUGUCGCCGCAUUCCAGACUGUGCGGGUUCCGACUGCCAAGCGGGCAUUGCACAACACCAGUGGGCAUCCCGCAAGUCUCGCCUCUGGCGGAUACGAGAAAACCGAGCGAGGAAACCCUAACUUGGUCAAUCCGCUCCGCGCGUCCUCUGCCGCCCCCGGCCAUGCCGGCACUGCGGUCCGCGGUCCCCGCCCAGAAGCCCCAACCAACGAAAAGUUCAACUACGAUGGUUUCUACAACGUGGAAUUGGAGAAGAAGCACAAGGACAAGUCUUAUCGCUACUUCAAUAAUAUCAACCGUCUCGCCAAAGAAUUCCCUCGGGCCCACACUGCCUCUGUCGAGGAGCGUGUGACUGUCUGGUGCUCAAAUGACUACCUUGGCAUGGGUCGUAACCCCCAAGUCUUGGACUCCAUGCACAAGACUUUGGACACCUAUGGAGCUGGUGCAGGUGGCACUCGCAAUAUCUCGGGUCAUAACCAGCAUGCUGUCGCCCUUGAGGAUACCCUUGCCAAGUUGCACGGAAAGGAGGCCGCAUUGGUCUUCAGCUCCUGCUACGUGGCUAACGAUGCGACUCUAGCAACACUAGGCAGCAAAAUGCCCGAUUGUGUCAUCCUCUCGGAUAGUCUGAACCAUGCUUCAAUGAUCCAGGGUAUUCGCCACUCUGGCGCGAAGAAAAUGGUUUUCAAGCACAAUGAUAUGGAAGACCUCGAAGCCAAGUUGGCCUCAUUGCCUUUGAGUACUCCCAAGAUUAUUGCCUUUGAAUCCGUAUACAGUAUGUGCGGAUCCAUUGCCCCUAUUGAAAAAAUCUGUGAUCUCGCCGACAAAUACGGUGCUAUCACUUUCUUGGAUGAGGUCCAUGCCGUGGGAAUGUACGGCCCACACGGAGCUGGAGUUGCUGAGCAUCUCGAUUACGAUGCAUACGCAUCGCAGGACACAGCUUCACCUCAAAGCACCAAGGGCACAGUUCAAGACCGAAUUGACAUUAUCACCGGUACCUUGGGCAAGGCCUACGGCUGUGUCGGUGGAUAUAUCGCAGGCUCGGCAGCAAUGGUCGAUACCAUUCGCUCCCUUGCUCCCGGCUUCAUCUUUACCACUUCGCUCCCACCAGCGACUAUGGCUGGUGCGGAUGCUGCCAUCCAAUACCAGUCCCAGGAACCCCGGGAUCGAGUCCUCCAGCAACUCCACACCCGUGCAGUCAAGACCGCCCUCAGUGAUCUGGAUAUUCCUGUCAUCCCCAACCCUUCACACAUCGUUCCCCUCCUGGUCGGUGAUGCCGAGCUGGCCAAGCAGGCUUCCGACAAACUUCUCGAGGAGCACAACAUCUACGUGCAGGCCAUCAACUACCCCACCGUACCCCGCGGUGAGGAGCGUCUGCGCAUCACUCCCACUCCAGGCCACACAAAGCCCCUGCGUGACCACCUCGUGCAAGCUCUGCAGACCGUUUGGAACGACCUAGGCCUCAAGCGCACUAGCGAUUGGAAGAAGCAGGGCGGUUUCGUUGGCGUUGGCGUUGAAGGCGCCGAGGCCGCCAACCUGCCCAUCUGGGAGGACGCCCAGCUGGGUCUGCAGUCUGGCGAGACCCUUGAGGGCGCUGUUGCUCGUGAAUUCAACCACGCUGCUGCCCAUGCCCCCGUGCCCCUGAAGGCUGCUACCCCUCUGACCGAGAAGGCUUACUCGGGAAUGACCUCCACCGCUGGUGUGGUUGCCUAG